ACAAGUAAUUUACCGCAGUUUAUCGCUCGCGAUGGCCGAAAACGGACUCAAACUCAGGACAAUAGACCUCAUCGACGGAGAGCUAAAUGGCCAUCAGGAGAAACAAAAUAAACUCCAGUUCAAAGUGGAAGAAGAGAAAAAAUUUGAGGCUACGAUUACUUACGGCAUAGAUGACGUACCUUCGUGGUAUCUUUGUAUAUUUAUGGCUUUACAGCACUAUCUGACCAUGAUAGGAGCAAUAGUCAGUAUUCCCUUCAUCCUCACCCCCGCUCUCUGCAUGAAGGAGGACGAUCCAGCCAGAGGACACAUAAUCUCAACCAUGAUCUUUGUCACCGGCAUCGUCACUUUCUUCCAAACAACCUUCGGGUGUCGGUUGCCGAUCGUCCAAGGAGGUACUAUCUCGUUCCUGGUGCCCACACUGGCUAUCCUGAGUCUGCCCCAGUGGCAAUGUCCAGCGCCCGACGUCCUGGACGCCAUGAGUCCCGCCAACCGUACAGAAGUGUGGCAGGUGCGCAUGCGCGAACUUUCGGGAGCCAUUGCUGUAUCUUCCCUCGUCCAGGUCUUCAUCGGAUAUUUCGGUGUGAUGGGGAUACUGCUUAGAUAUGUUACGCCACUGACCAUCGUGCCGACGGUAUCUCUUGUUGGGCUGUCCUUGUUCGAAAACGCUGCCGAGGCUGCCUCCAAACACUGGGCAAUAUCUGGAAGCACAAUUCUGAUGCUGACCGUGUUCUCGCAGUGCCUGACAGAAGUGAAGGUUCCCGGCAUCAACUACAAGCGUGGACAAGGAUUCCGCAUCAUCUGGUUCAACCUCUUCAAACUGUUCCCGGUACUAUUGACAAUUGUUAUAAUGUGGGGUGUCUGCGGCAUUAUAACUCUCAAAGAUGUUUUGCCACGUGGUCAUCCAGCCCGAACUGACGUUAAAAUCAAGAUUUUGGAAGAUUCUGAUUGGUUCAGAAUUCCUUAUCCAGGUCAGUGGGGCAUGCCCACUGUGAGCGCCUCGGGGGUCUUGGGCAUGUUGGCUGGGGUCUUGGCCUGCACCGUAGAGUCUAUCAGCUACUACCCAACAGUCGCCAAGAUGUGUGGAGCGCCUCCACCCCCAGUACACGCAAUCAAUCGGGGCAUAGGAACCGAAGGUCUGGGAACCAUGUUGGCUGGCCUGUGGGGCAGUGGAAAUGGUACCAACACCUUCGGCGAGAACGUUGGUGCCAUCGGCGUCACCAAAGUUGGCAGCAGGCGGGUGAUCCAGUACGCAUGCGUGUUGAUGUUACUGCAGGGUGUCAUCAACAAGUUCGGCGCGGUCUUUAUCAUCAUCCCUGAGCCUGUCGUGGGUGGCAUCUUCUGUGUCAUGUUUGGCAUGAUUACGGCAUUUGGACUGUCUGCUUUGCAGUACGUGGAACUUAACUCCUCCAGAAAUCUUUAUAUCAUUGGGUUUUCUAUGUUCUUUUCUUUGGUCCUUCCCAAGUGGAUGGUCGCCCACCCAGACGCUAUCCAGACAGGUAGCCAGAUUCUAGACAGUGUGCUAACCGUGUUAUUGAGUACAAGCAUUCUGGUUGGAGGUCUACUGGGCUGCUUACUGGAUAAUACCAUUCCAGGAACGCCAGAAGAGAGAGGUUUGAUAGCCUGGGCCGAACAGAUGAAACUUGAGACCACACCAACCGAUGACCACUCGCAAGAAAAGAGCACCUACGAUUUUCCCAUUGGAAUGUCACUUGUAAGAAGAUGGACAUGGACAUCAUACCUUCCAUUCAUGCCAACAUACAGGUCCGGGCAAUGGUGCUGCUGAACAUCAUAAGAUUGUGUACUUUAUUUAAAUAUAUGUCUAUUUAUCAAAGUUACUUGUUAUGUUUUACGCUUACAAUAUAUUUUUAUCUAAUAAAACAUUUUCAGAGUUUUAA